ACGGCCUAGAUGUGCUGUAGAGUGCAGUAAUGGCCACGCAGGAGACCGCAGCGGUGCCAAUGCAAAGACGUGUGUCUCCAAAGCCUGUUGACCAGGAAGGAGAGAACACGGCCUGGCUACACGCUCACUACGACCCAGUCGCGUCACUGUAUACAUUUACGUCUUGUCUCGCUUUAUCUGAUUUGAAUGCUGAUGGUGAUCACAAGCUACUGGUUGCUGAUCUCGGGACAGGAAGAUACAACAUGAAACUGAAAGUGUAUAAAGGAACAGCUCUGCACAUGGAAAGUGCUAUCGUUGAUCUGCCAACUGGAGUAUGUACGUUUUAUAUGGACCAAAAUGAACCGCUAAUACCAGCUGUAGCUGUAGCUUCUGGACCAUUUAUAUACAUAUACAAGAACUCCAGACCUUAUUUCAAGUUUACGACUCCUCCACUAGAGGUGAAUGCUGUUGAGACAUAUGUGUGGAAUCAAGUGAAAGAGGGCAUUAUUGAUAUCAACAUACUGAAACAAAAAUUGAUUGAACUAAAGAAUGAAGUUGGAGAACAUUCACUUACAGUUCGAUCUUUGAGGCUACUCCAGUUGCCUCCAGAGGACAUGGAUGCAUUUGUGAGUCAGCACAAGUACAUGGUGUUGAAGAAGCAGACUGUGAUCACUUGCAUCAACACACUCAAGAAAACACACAGUGAAGAGAGUGCUAUUAGUUGUCUGGUGAUUGGAACAGAAGCAAGUCAUGUAUUUAUACUUGACCCCCAAGCAUUUACUAUUUUGGCGACAAUGACACUUCCAAGUGUGCCUGCUUUCAUGUCUGUUGGUGGGCUAUUCGACGUGGAGUACAGUAUAGUAGUGUCAUGUAGAGAUGGCAACAUCUACACUUUAAAGAGAGGGAGUAAAACUGCCAAGUAUUGCAUUGAAUUAUCGUCUCAACCAGUAGGAAUGGAACGAGUUGGUAAGAACAUCAUUGUCGCAUGUAUGGACAGAACACUUGUGUGCUACUCACCCAAGGGGAAGAAACUGUGGACAGUGUAUCUUCCUGAUGACAUUACUGCACUUGAGUUAAUGCAGCAUGAAGCAAGAGGAUUUAAAGCAAUAAUGGUUGCUCUGAAGAACAGAGAUGUUCACUUGUACAAGGACAAAUACCUUGUCAAUGUACUGAAGUGUGAGGAUGUUGUCAAUGCAAUGAAAUUUGGACGGUUUGGUCGUGAAGACGGUGCAUUGAUAAUGACUACUAAAGGUGGUGGAUUAAUAAUCAAACUGUUGAAGAGGACAGCAAAUUUUGAAGCACGAGAACUGGCUCCAGGCGCACCUGCUUCUCAGUCUGUGAAGCUAAAUAUUCCUCGCAAAAGCAAAGUGGCUGUUGAUCAAAUUCAUCGCGAGAGAGCAAAUAGCAUAGAAAUGCAUCAAGUGUUUCAGAAAGAUCUCGUAAAAUUGCAACUUGAAGCAACAAGGGGCUACAUCAAAUCUCUACACUCCAGCCUCAAUCCAGUGUCUUCUUCACAAGCAGAACCAGUAAAGCUAUCAGCAAGGGUACAGGGCAUAGGUCCAUUAUUCAAGAUGACAGUCGAACUGCAGAAUACGUCAUCUACAAACUCAUUGAUCAAGCUAUUGAUCGCAUUUCGAUAUGAUGAUAAUUUGUAUUCUCUUUCCCGCCCUCUGAUCCAGGUUCCUUUUCUUGUACCUUCACUCUUGUACUCGUUUGAAACUCUAGUGCAGUGUCACAGUGAUGCUGGUGUUACGGACUCUAUUAAGGCUUAUCUAUUGCGAGAAGGAAGUAGUGUACCAAUAAUAAGUGCUGCUAUCAAUAUGCCUGUCAGUGAAAGUGUGGUAAUUGUAUAACCCGGUUGCCUACUAGUAGCUGUCUGGUAGCUGAUGUAUAUUUGUGUGGCCAUGAUAUCAAUGUAUGUAUAGUUGUUUUAAUUGAUUAAGCAGUUGAAAAUUUUAUCAA